AUGGCGCCUCGCGGCCCGCCCGGGAAGCGAACCUGCCACCUCGCGCGCCCCUUUGUUGGGUCUCCUCCCCGGGGCGCCCCUCCGCCCUUUCCCGCAAGCCAGCCGCGCCGAGGCCCCAUUAUCGGGGUCGAGGUCAAGGAAAGUUUGCACGGAGGUUCCCCGGAAUGUGUUGCGAGGUUUGGAGACGACGAGGGCGCGUCAUUUUCUUCCCCCUUCUUCCGCCUACACCCCCCCACCCCACCCCACGCCACCCCCCUGCGUCGGCCACGGUCGCCUCGUUCCUCUCCCUUGACCCGAGUGCGUGUGUUCGGGACCUGGCCCCGGGAAACAACUGCUCCCUCUCUCCCGGGCUUUGUUCGGGUUUCUUGGGGGCAGUGGGUGGGCGUGGGAGCGCCGCGCCGGCCCGCUGUGCGCCCCCCGCCCCGCCCCGCCCCGCCCCCCAAAGCAUCCUCGGCGGGCUGCGAGCGAGCGGCCGCGGCGCCCCGAUCAUCGGGGGCGGGGGGACAGGGGGAGAGGGCGGCGGGGCGCGCGGCCGGCUCGCCCCCCUGCAGCCCCGGCUUGCGGUGCAUUCAUUCCCGGCGGCGAGAGGAGCGGGCUCCCCCCCCCCCCGUCCCCCGGAGCCCCCAGCCCCGGGCAUCGUGGUGGUGA